GCGAUAGAGUAAUCAAAUCAACGAUCUGAACCACACCGGAUGUUGCUGCCAAUAUCAUUUUAAUAAUUGGUAUUUGCUUCGAUACAGAUAGGUAUUUUGUAUCCAAACUGAAAAUGGUCGCUUGUUGUUGUGCGCCAGGCUGUUCAAAUUUUAAGAUUAGUGCUCAAAUUGGUAUCCCAUUUCACACCUUUCCUGCAGACCCUGAAAUAAGACGACGAUGGCUUGUCAACAUUAGAAAUAAGAAACUGCCAGUUCACACCACUGCCAAAAAGUUGAAAAGUCACCACGUCUGUGGGAAACAUUUUAAACCUAGUGACUACGAGGAAGAUAUGAAGUAUAAGAUUUCUCCACAUCUCUAUAAAAAGAAAAAUGCUUUACGUAAAACUGCUGUCCCCACUCAGUUUUUCUUCCCAGAAGUCAUAAAAUCAAGUAAGACUAAAACCAAGUCAUCUACUGCAACAAGUACAGUUGCUAGACAAAGUGCCUAUCAGUCAGCUCAUAGUUACGAUUAUGCACGAAGCGCUUAUUUAAAACGAGAAAACAUAAGAAAUGGUAUUAGGCCUGUGGAGAAAAGUGACGUGGAACUGGAAACUAAUGAUGUUAAAACCUUUCAUCAAUGUGUUGUAUGUAAUGAAAUUUUUCAACAAUACAGUAUACUAGAAGUCCACAGAAAAAUACAUGUUAAGGAAAAGAAAACUGACGAUGUUGAAAACCAGAACAAGGGGCUAGUUAAAGAGGAGAAAACUGACGAUGUUACAAAUGUUUAUAGCUGUUGGAUGUGUGAGGAAACGUUUGAACGCAACACGGAUUUGGAGGAACAUUGUAAAAUACAUGUAAAAAUUGAACGACCUGAUGAUGUUGACUUUGAUAACGAUUGUCCAGUACAUUUUGAAGAGGCUAUGACAGAAGUGCAAGAAAGACUUAGUGAUGUUGAAGCAAGGCAUGAAUGUAAACUUUGCAAUGCAGUUUUUAAACAAUACACUAACUUAGAAGAACAUUGUAAAAUACAUGUUAAACAAGAGGAAAGCUCAUCACAUCAGUGUACAAUUUGUAAAAUUAGUUUUACGCAAUAUUUAGACUUGGAAGAACAUACAUGUGGUAAUUCGAUAGAUUUCAUGCAUGCAAACUUAUCUUCUAAAACGACUGAUAAAACUGGUAAUCCACAUCAAUGUGAUGUUUGUAGUGAAUCAUUUAACUGUAUCACAAGUUUUCGUACACAUGCAAGAACUCAUGCAAUCAAGAAACAUCAUGAAUGUGAUGUUUGUAGUAAAGUUUUUGCUCAGAAAAAUGGCCUGAAGAUACAUUUGAGAAUUCAUUAUGGACAGAAGCCAUAUCAGUGUGCAGUUUGUAGUAAAACGUUUACUCAAAAGAGUCAGUUAAAUGUACAUACAAGAAUUCAUACUGGUUUAAAACCGUAUAAAUGUGAUGUUUGUGAUAAAUCAUUUAUAACCAAUUCUGGUCUGAAAACACACCGAAGAACUCACAAUGGAGAAAAAACCUAUGAUUGUGAUGUUUGUGGUAAAUCAUUUACCAAUAGUAGAAGUGUCAAUGGACAUAAAAGAAUUCAUAGUAAAGAAAAAACCUUUUACUUCUGAUAUUUACAAUCGGAUUUUGAAGUAGCGUUGAUUAGCUGCUCCAGAUUUAUCUCAUUAAGCAACUAGUUUAGAACUGUUCAGGCUUUAGUAUGAUUGUGUGGCUGUGCCCUUUAUAUCAUCAUGAUUUGAAGUAAAUCCUUUACACGAGGGAAUCACAAGGCAAUAUAUGAAAAUGAAUACCAGUGUUUAGGUUCUCGAGACAAACAAGUAUAUUGAUUUUCAAUGAUUUUUGAUAACUUGAACAGCUAAAUCCAUAAUAUUAAAUGUUAGCAUGGGGCAGAACUAGAAGCCAAACAAAUCCUAAUGAUUUUAUGAUACAUGUAAUUUCUUAAUGGGUUAUUACUCGUAGUCAGAUUUUCAGGUGUUGUAAAUGUUCUCAUUACUGACAAAAUAAAAAUAUUUGACAACACUUGUUGACUGUCGGACGACUUAGCUGCUGUGGGCGUACGUUUCGUUGCCUGUUAAUGUGAUGGACAUGUUAUGUAAUUUGACAAUGUAUUUGGUUUCAAACAGUUUCUCGUGGCUGUUUUAAUUAGGUUUUGUCUACUAAAUCCUCUUUAACAAUCAACUGUUUCAACCAGUAUACACAAUAGUCUGUUAGCAAUUUUAUGUACAUUGACAAAAUUUGAUUUUUCUUUUAGGGCAAGUUUCUACAUAUAAUCAAUACUGUCUAUCGUAACCCCUGAAAGACACGAUCUUUGAUAGACAGUCAUUAAUAUUUAAAUCAAUGGUUUGAAAAUAAUCACCUAAUGACCUAAUAUAACACAGAUCUACAACACAAUUUACUUCAAACAAUUUAGUUCAUCAGGAUUUUCUGACGAGGUUACCCCUUGUCAGCAGGGCUGCCGACAACCAGUAUCGCUAAUCAAAAAUUAAAAUCUAAAGUUUUUGAUUCGCAGUAACUGCGAAUCAUUAAUGUGCCUGUCAUUUUGGAUAUUGACACAAGGAUAAUCCACAUUUGAAGACUAGAAAGCUUUCUCAACAAUUUCAACGAGUAUAAAAUGUUGAAUAAAAUUUUAUAAACAAAACUGAAUUCUCCGUGUGACAUUUUCUUCUCGAACUACCCAGACACAAUUUAUUAUACGGUACUAUA